AUGAGCGGCAUGUCGGAGAGCGUGGCCGCGCUGCUGAACGCCGGCGUGCCGGUGGACACCAUGGGCGCGGAGGCCAACACCGCGUUGCACCUGGCGGCGUACCACGGGCAGGAAGGUGUUAUCGCCGUGCUGAUGCGAGCGGGUGCGAGUCCUACGCUGGAGAACAUGAAGGGGAGCACGGCUGUAAUGCUCGCUAAAACUGACACAGCGUUGACGCUGCUGUGCCCCCUGCACUACUGCGCUGCGAGGGGCAUGCUAGACAACCUUGUGGCAGAGGUAGCGAAGGGGAGGUCUGUCAACACCGUCGGCAGCGGCGGCGACACCCCCCUCCACGCCGCCGCUACAACCGGAAACACGGACUCGACCCGCCUGCUGCUGGAUCGGGGAGCGGAUCCGCUCCGAAGAAACGCCGGCGGGGAAACCCCGCUAGACGUCGCUCGACGGCACGGGCACGGCACUGGCGGCGGGCGGGUCGCGGGGGGCGUAGUCGGCGUGUUGGAAGGCGUUACCGCGGAGGCGGAGGCAGCGAUAGCCAAGAGGAAGGCGGAAGAAGCGGCCGCCAGGUCGGCGAACGGGGGGUAUAACGAGGGAGAAUCCGUGGUGUACAUGCGCAACGGAGAGGCCCAUCCGGCGAUUGUGAUGAAGGUCCACCAGGACGACGAAGAGCCAUACUACACCGUGCGGGUCCACGAGACGGGAAGGGAGAGGCAAACGGACGCUAACCACCUCGUGCGGAGCCUGCCAAUGGAGACGCCUCCGGGGGUGGGAGGAUCCUCUCCCGACGGGUCAUCGCCGCCGCCGCCACCGCCGCCGCCGUGUCGUCCGGACGGCGAUGGACCACGAGAAGGGGGUACGACGGACAGGAGCACUAGCGGCAUGAGAGUGACCAGCAGGAUAAGCCUUAAAGAGGAGGUGGGAGGAGGAGGAGCAGGAGGAGCAGGAGGAGGAGGGGUGGGUGCUGUUGACCCCUGGGAAGCCGCGCGCGCGAGACUUGUCAAUCUGGCCGCGGACCUCGGCGACCCCGCCGCCGCUGGGGCGGCGGCAGAGCCGCGAGAUAGCGCUCUGCCCUCAAUGGCACAGAAGUUAGGGACCGCGUUUGCCGAGAUGCCCGCCGCGGAAGUUCGGGUCAUCCUCGAACGAAGCGUUGCGGGGUGCGGGAAGGCUGGGGGCGGUGGCUGGGAACCCGCUUCAGGCAGUGAUGGGUUGUCGGAAAGAGGGGUGGGGGGGGGUGACGCGGGCGUGAGUAACGGGGAGGGGGUCGCGAUGGCCGUCGCCGACGCCUGCCGAGACAUCGUGCUUACGUGCUUGGCAGGGGUGGGGGGCCCGGGGAGAGAGAGUUGAAGAGGUCCGUGGGGGGCGGGGGAAUGUUUUCGGUGCCCGAACGCGUUAAUUUCGGAAGGUGUUUUUCUUGGGUGUCCCCUCGUGUACAUUGGUGUAUGUGUAUGCUGGGUUUCGCAAUUGUGGGGGCGGGAUGCUGGGGACGCUUUGUCUUGGUUGCCGGUCAGAUCUGAUCGGAUGAUGUCCCCUUCAAGUGUUGUCUUGCUGCUGGUGUAGUGCUACCGCCUUAUGUGUUUAUUAACCGGGUAGAUGCCGUAGUUGAUUAUGACUGUGGCGGUGAAACAUGAAGGAGAACCUUCACCAACAUAGAAUUAUUCCCUUUGUUUUUCUUCGCCUCGGGUGAGUGUCGUUAGUAUCCGCGCGUGAUGCGCUCGCCUUCCGGGGGGGGGGAGUACUCUCCUGUCACAAGCUACAACGGGACUUUUAUAGUCGUGCUGCUGUUGGGGGGGGACAAUUGGCACUUCAGGCAAACGCACAUAUACCAAGCCAAUACACGCGC